AUGUCUAUAACAGUUACUAUCUCAGGAAAUAAAUCAGAAUUGGAUUCCUACUUUCAACCGCCUCUGAGUUUAUCAGGUCAAUACGAGUGCGGUUUACUAUAUUUUUCAGUAAUAAACUCAACAACAAAAUAUUCUUAUGUUGAUAGCAAGUUCCCAUCUGUGAUCAGAAUCGAAUGUGAUCUCAUAUACGGUUCAUAUUGCAACGGGUUACCUACUCAUAUUAUUCACGAAUUUGUAUCUAAAACUGCUGCAGAUAAUCAAUACAUAGAAAUACCUCAGAACGUUAUUUACUUCCCAGUGAAUAAAAAUAAUAUUACAUCUAUAACUAUUACAGUUUUAGAACAAUUUGGCUACAGAAUUAAUUUCAAAGAACAAUAUAUUGAAAUUCGCCUCCAUUUGAGGAAACCUUUAAGUAACAUAGUGUGCAAGUUGACAUGA